AUGGAUGAUGUGAAGCCUUCCAGCUUAUCGUUCGAAGUUAGAGCCAAGUUGGCCGAGUUGGAAAUCGAAUUAUCUGAAGGCGAUAUCACAGAGAAAGGCUACCAGAAAAAGAAGGCCAAGAUACUAGAAGAUUACUUCGCUGCGAAAAAUGGAGCUUCCGACACCCAAACAUCGGGAGCCACAAGCUCACAUUGUCCCGCUUUGCCGGCUGGAGCCAUAAAAUUACCCGGAAUUUCUGAUCUUAGACCGCCAUCACCAUCUAACCAGUUGUCUCACCAGAGCCCCGCAUCCUCUACCGCUAGCGACCUUCAAGCGGUCCAAAACCAGUCCGUACAACCUUCAAAUGAUCUGACUAGGCGACAGUCCGGUCACCGCUAUGUCCGUGAUGACGUUCGGUACCGGUCCGGUUAG